ACGUCACGAUCGGUCCGAAUCACAAGCGGCUCUUGAUUUGGACGUUUCAUGUGUAAAAGUUGCUGUAAUUUAGUAAAACUGCAGCUCUCACAAAUUUUCUUGAAUUUGUUUUAAUUUUGCGAUCGCAAAAUCACAAUUUCCUGGAAAGACUAAAGGAUGCUGAAGUAGCUUAGUGCAGCAUCUUUGUUCCCUCCAUAGAAAAAUAUUGGCUCACACCAAUUCAAAGUGAUUCUGCUCCAGAAACAUCCAAUUUGAUCACAUUCACAAUCCCAGAUAUGGCGUGAAACACUUGACACCGCGCUCCACAACAUGGUCGAUCCCAGAAAACUGCAGCAUGUUCAUGUGGUGAAGAUGAAUCUGUCUGAAGCGAACCACACCUCAACAUCCGACUUCCUUACUUUCUACGAAGGACUAGGCACCUUGUUCGGAGUCAACUUGGUGGUGGGUUUCCCUGCCAACGUCUACAUGGUGCGGGUGUUAGUGUGCGGAGCGGGCAAGAUCGUGGCCUCAGAGCUCUUUGCCCUUAAUCUGGCCAUCUCUGAGAUCCUCUUCGGCAUCUCGUCUGCUUACCUGAUGGUACACUUCCUGCUGAGGAUGGCGCCGUACACGGGGAUGCUGUUGUUGCAGUGUUUCAUACGGCUGAUGUUCUUUUCCCGCCCCAUCUUUCACAGCUGCAUCUGCCUGGAGCGCUACCUGGCUGUGGUGCAUCCCACUGUCUUCCUCAGGUUCAAACCUCUUCGUUACAGGUUGGCGUUCUGCAUGGUCAACUGGCUGCUGGUGCUGCUGUACUGCACCAUCCCUACCUUCAUGCUUUCCACCACACAGUCCGUAUACCUGCUCAUAACCAAGUCCCUGUUCUUCCUGGUGCUCAUGUUUUACUGCGGCAUCCAUGUUCUCUGCGUGCUGAAGCAGCCGGGGCCCGGCGACGGGGACCGCGCCCGAGAGAGCAGCAACACCACGAAGAGAAAGGCCUUUAAGGUCAUCAUGAUCACCAUGGUCUUCACCAGCACCACCGAGCUGCUCCAAGUCUUAAUGUUUAGUCCGAUGCUGUACGCUCCCCAGCAGGUUCUUCUGUGGGUCAUGUUAAUGAACGUGGCCGUCAACAUCGUCAGCGGGUUCAUCACUCCGCUGCUGUUCCUGCACAGAGCUGGAAAACUGCCCUGCAGGAAGUUCUGAGUUUAGUUUAACAGUCAAGUUCCUGAAGUCCGGAGUUUGAGUCAGCAGCAUCAGACCUGCAGCAAACUUCAGUUAGUUCAUUAGUUUGUAAUUGAUUAAUCAUCCAUUAAAUUUCUGCCAUUUAAGUGGCUCCAUGUCACAUUAAUUGAAGGAAUUAUUUUUAUAUACAGCUGGAAGCACUGACAGAAAUGUGAUAGAAAUUCAUGCA